CUAAGGGCAAACAGCAAGAAUUGCUUUUGAACAGAUUCAAUUGAAUCUACGUAGCACCUAUAUGAAGGAGAGCACACAACAAAAGCUGCUUUCCUUGAUUAUAAUGUCUAUAAGUAAGUCAAUGUUUGCUUGAAUUUCCAAAGAUUAGAUUUCCCAGAUUGCUCUGUACUUUUAUGUCUUUUAGUUUUUAGGAAUUUUGGAUGAGCCGAGCGCAGUUUCAAUCGUGAUUAUAUUGGUGUAAGUUAAGACUAUAGUUUGCAAAGAAGAAUCAGGCGGAAGGAAACAUGAAAUGAUAUGCAAAAAUUUGGUUCUCCGAGCUACAAGACUACAAUUCGUACGCUACGUUUCCCAUCUUGUCCAACGGCAUUAGUGGCAAACUGCGCUGAGGUUUAGCCUUUCAAAAAUUAAGCAACAACUUGGGUAAUUUUGAUCGCUGCAAAUAUUCUUCCGAUCCACUUGGGGCAAAUAUAAGCGAGUUGCAUGCGCGAGUGUUGACGAUGCCACGAAUUUAUUGAUUACUUGUAAUUUCCCUUUGACCACUUUCCGUCUAAUUACUUGAAAGUUUAAAUAAAUAGAGUGGGUUCAUGAAAGCACCUCAUAAAGUUGCAAAGCCGACGAAAGUUUUGAGUUAUUGGAAAAGUAUUACGCUGAUGAAGAAUCUAUUCAAUGUAUAUGUCCGUAUAUGAGUGGACGAGUGGAUACAAAUCGCGAUUACUACGUCAAUAUUCAAAGUUUGGUACGGUAGAGUUUUCUUUAGUGGAAUGAGUACUUAGUGGGUAAAGCCAGAACACCCACCGAGUCAGCACACACACGCACACAAGGUUGCGGUUAGUGUCUGUGUCUUUCUCUUUCCCUUUCUUUACUUUUUUCUAACUAUCGUAGGCGACAUUCUCGGAGUGACUGAUCAUGUUAAAAAAAGGAGAAGGUGUAUGCAUAUAUACAUAUCUAUUUAGAUCCAUGUAAAUAUGUAUUUAUGUAUAUGUGCUUGUUAAACGAAAUCGCACUAUGCGUAAUAAAAACACUUCUAUAGUUUUCCUUUUAAGUAUCGCAGCAACUUUAUGUAAAAAAUUCAAUGAUAAAAAAUGUAUAGAAAAUUUUUUAUAUUCAUUUCAAAGAUUUUUCAACCUUCAGGCAAGCAGGGCGCUUUUUAUUAUUUUUUUUUUUUAAUAAUUUAACUUCUGGAUGUUUUUAUUAAAAAAAAAAUUUCGCAUAUAUUAAACGAAUUGGAUGCUAAAAGUAAAACGGGAAAAAAGCAUAAAUCCUAAAAGAGUGACUUAAAUACUUGGAUCGUAUCGGGUGCAUCCUAAAUCUUAAAAAUCUUAACUACGUUUGCAAUUGAAAGGCGAGAAGUAGGGGGAACAGAAAAUGCGUGAAAUUGUACAUUUGCAAGCUGGUCAAUGCGGCAAUCAAAUUGGCGGCAAAUUUUGGGAGGUUAUAUCUGAUGAGCAUUGCAUAGAUUGCACUGGAUCAUACUAUGGCGAUAGUGAUUUGCAAUUGGAACGCAUUAAUGUUUACUACAAUGAAGCCACAGGCGGUAAAUACGUACCUCGAGCUGUACUUGUAGAUCUAGAGCCAGGCACAAUGGAUUCGGUGCGUUCAAGCUCUUUUGGCCAAGUUUUCAGACCAGAUAAUUUUGUAUUCGGGCAAUCGGGCGCAGGUAAUAAUUGGGCGAAAGGACAUUAUACAGAGGGAGCAGAAUUAGUAGACUCAGUUCUUGACGUGGUUCGCAAAGAAGCGGAAGGAUGCGAUUGUUUACAGGGCUUCCAAAUAACACAUUCUUUAGGUGGUGGUACGGGCUCUGGUAUGGGGACGUUGCUAUUAUCAAAAAUCCGUGAAGAAUAUCCAGAUCGUAUCAUUAGCUCUUUCUCCGUAGUACCUUCACCCAAAGUAUCUGAUACAGUCGUUGAACCCUACAAUGCAACGCUGAGUGUCUAUCAACUCAUGGAAAACACGGAUGAGACUUAUUGUAUUGACAACGAGGCUCUAUAUGAUAUUUGCUUUAGAACCUUAAAACUAACUACACCCACUUACGGUGAUUUAAACCAUUUAGUAUCGGCCACCAUGUCUGGUGUAACUACGUGUUUGCGCUUUCCCGGUCAGCUAAACGCGGAUUUACGUAAAUUGGCCGUUAAUAUGGUCCCAUUUCCACGGUUGCAUUUCUUUAUACCUGGUUUCGCCCCGCUUACCUCACGAGGUUCCCAGCAAUACCGUGCUCUGACUGUACCCGAACUUACACAACAAAUGUUUGAUGCCAAAAACAUGAUGGCGGCUUGUGAUCCACGCCAUGGCCGCUAUCUUACCGUGGCAGCUAUAUUUCGUGGUCGUAUGUCUAUGAAAGAGGUGGACGAGCAAAUGUUAAACAUACAAAAUAAAAACAGCAGUUUCUUCGUAGAGUGGAUCCCUAGCAACUGUAAAACUGCCGUAUGUGACAUACCCCCACGUGGUCUGAAAAUGUCUGCAACAUUUAUAGGCAAUUCUACUGCUAUACAAGAAUUGUUUAAACGUGUCUCUGAACAAUUUACAGCCAUGUUUAGACGAAAAGCUUUCUUACAUUGGUAUACUGGCGAGGGCAUGGAUGAAAUGGAAUUCACAGAAUCUGAAAGCAGUAUGAACGAUUUGGUCUCGGAAUAUCAGCAAUAUCAAGAUGCCACUGCCGAUGAAGAGGGCGAAUUCGAUGAGGAUGAAGAGGCUCGCGAAUAAAUAAUCACUCCAAUCAGCUUUCGGAACUUUGAAUCCAAAUCUUGUUAUGAAACCGAAAUCAAUAAUCUUAACAAUCGAAAUUUAACAGAGAAA